GUGAGGUUUGAAAGCGCGAACGUUCAUAAUUUAUUUUUAAUUGAAGCUCUUAUUUAUCUGUGGUUACGUUUUGCCGCAUUUUUGAAGAGUUUGGCAUAAUGGCCAAUAAAAUCAAUCCGAAUGGCAAUCACUGCGAAAAAUUUACGAAGAAAAAUGUUAAAAUAGUCGUGUACAUUGUCAUCGGCUGCAUUUUCUUUUCCUUGGCAACAGUAUCUUUUUUAGUGGAUCCCAUACAUUUGAUGACACGAUUUCUAACGCGUAUAUCAAUGGGUACAAUAUUAUACAAUUUACUAAAACAAGAAGACAUGACAGGCGCGCAUGUGUACACAUAUGUCUUCAAUAUAACAAAUGCAGAGGACUUUAUAGCAGGAAGAGAUAGCAAGCUGAAAGUGGAAGAAGUUGGACCUUUUGUCUAUCAAGAAUACCGCACCAACACCAACUUCGAGCUUCACGAAGAGACGGGAACAAUGAGCUACACCCCCAAAGUGUACGCCCGUUUUAUCCCCGAGCUGUCGAUAGCUCACCCCUCUAGUGUUAACCUUACUAUGCCCAAUAUUGCUAUGCUGACUAUAACAUCACUAGCUUCCUCGUACCCAUACUGGACUCGUCUGGCCUACAACCUGAUGGUCAAGCAGCUGCGCACCACCUCUGUGAUGAAGGUGGACGCAGAGCGUUUCCUCUGGGGGUACGAUGAGCCGCUUAUUGCUAUGGCACAUAAUAUUCUGCCUGGCUGGAUCGACUUUGAACGGAUGGGCGUGUUGGAUCGACUGUAUAACUCCGGAGAUAUGACAUUCGAGCUGGGGGCGACCAAUAAUGACAAAUUCCGGAUCAAAUCAUACAAUGGAGGAAAAGGGAUCGAUGCUCUUGGCUAUAGCAACAAACAAAGUCGCUGUAACACGUUUGAAGACACUUACGAAGGUAUCGCUUAUCCCUCAGACCUGACGAAGGAGAGGCCACUGCGCGUCUUCAGAAACGUCUUCUGUCGAAUACUAGAUCUAGAAUACCAAGGCACCAAGACCAUGAAUUUUGGCCCUGAAGUUUUUAGAUAUUCGUUUAGCAAAAAAGUCUUCUCUAAUACAACAGAAAACAAAUGUUUGUGUCCUGAUAACAACUGUGUUGAUGGGAUAACGGAUUUGUCACCAUGUUUCUUUGGUCUAAGCGUAGCGUUAUCUAAUGCUCAUUAUUUACACGGAGAUCCUAAAAUUUAUGAACGUAUCGAGGGAAUAGCUCCAGACGAAGCAAAACAUGGCAGCGAGUUUCUGGUUGAUCCUAAACUUGGCGCAGUUCUGGACACACGGUUCACACUUCAACUCAGCUUGGUUUUAAAGGAUAUAAGCUUCAACCCAAUCGCUAAACCUUUCUCCAAAAUGAUCAUACCAGUGACUUACUUUAAAAUUGUGCAGCCCGAAUUACCACAGGAGACCGUAACUAAUUUCUGGAUCAUAUACAUCCUCGCUCCCUACAUCAUGCAUACUAUAGAAAUUAUUUUAUUCGCCACAGGCAUAGUAUUAAUAACCCUUUCAGCUAGAUUGUAUCACUCUUCAGUUUUCGAACAAAAUAAUAUGAAUAGAAAUAUUAGCCAAUCGGAACCUUUGGUAGAUCAGAAAUACAAUCCUUUGAGAAGAUCUUGUGAAAAAAUUCAAUGCUUAGAUUCUAGGUAGCAAUGACUUUGAAUAUUGGAUAAUUCAUUAGAUGUAUUUUGGUUGACUAUGUGCAUGAUUUAAGUAUUAAACUACUUACAUGUAGUGAAAAGUAUAUGAUUGCAUUUUUAAUCGUAAAAUUGUUAAGUAGCUAAUGUUUGGUUUGGUGUCUGUUUGAGACUAAAUUUUCUGUAUCUUUUUACACGUAUAAGAUGGAUAAGUAAACCUUUUAUAGACACAUAAUUAUGUAAAACAAAAUUAAAAUAGAUCUUAUUAUAGUUUAUUAUUGUGUGUGUGUGCAUCUGCAACUAGUAAUAUUAAGGGCCGA